AUGGGCCUUACAAAGGGCGAGGCGUUCGAAAUAUUGGAGCUUCCUUUUGGUUUGUACUUUAUUCUGUAAUUUGUUUGUUCAAAUGUUAUGAAAUCGCGUGCAGCGUGUGACAAACACAGAUCGCAGCGAGUGACAUAAACUUCUCGUGCCCUUUGCACAUUCGAAGAAAACUGUUUUCAAAGGGCAGAAAUCAUGACAGACUUGAAAAAUGGCUCAGUUUAUAAUAAUAGCCAUUAAUUUCCGCUAUCUUUGCCGUAUGUGUUUGCUCGAAACGUACGCCUAUCUUAUACUCGACCGUCAUAAUCUAGAAUAAUCCAGUUGCGUGACGAAAAUUCGAACAUUUAUUACCAUUGUUCUGUCAGAUUGUUGUCUACUUUGUUGACGAAAAAUAUUCAUUGUUUUUAACUGAUAAGAAAUUAGCGCCAUUUGUCAUGUAAAUAGAUUUGUAUUUAAAGUGUCUACUAGGUUUCAAGUUGUUUAAUUUCCGUUUUGUUUGGCUGUGACUCCAAUUAAAACAAUGAAUGUUUUUUUUAACAGGAAGCAAAAGAAUUUGUACAAUACUGAUUCGAAAACAAAACCAUAGUUUUCACCGUUACCAUAGCAUUUUCCUGUUACUUUAACUUCCUUACUCUUCACUUACAAUCAGCUUGAAUGAACUAGUGCUUUACUCUUUAGUUAACUGACAAAGUGAUUGAUUGUAAUUUCUUAUCUGUUCUAUUUGUGAUAAAUGUUAUCUAAUGAUAGAAUUUGGGUGCCAAAAGAAGGUGACUCUUGCUUUGGCAGGGUGCAAAGAGAGUCAGUUUUACAAAUGAACUACGCACUCCAUUGUCUUUGAUUAGAACUCAUUAUUAUUAUUAGAACUUAUUAUUUUCUAAUAGCUGUUUUGUAUCGUAUCAUUUUUAGGAGCAGACUACGAUGAAAUAAGAGCAAGUUAUAAACGUCUUGCCUUAAGAUGGCACCCGGACAAACAUAACAAUAGUGAAGAAGCUACCAAAGUAUGCAUCAAGCUCUCUUUUUAUAACCUAUGUCCUUUUUGCAAAUGAUAAUUUGUAAAAAAAUGGACAGAAUAUUGUGUUGUGGAUAUGCACUGUUUUUGCCCCUGUGAUCAGACUAGAUGAGAAAUCAUUGCUUUUCCUAAUAAAUCUAAACUACUUAAGAAACAUUGAUGUGUUAGAAUCAGAAUAUUAUGCUUUUGGAUUAGUGAUUCAAGAACAUUUUCUUUGCUUUGGUAAAGUAAAAUUUGUGUCAGCCUCUUGUAUGGCUAAAGUGGUAAACAUUUGGAUACAAACAUUUUUUUAGUGUGGCCAAGUUCUGAAAGGACCUCAAAUUGAUUGUGAUCGUGCUAUAAUGUGGUGGUUAUUUAAGCUUCCUGUUAUGCGCUGGCUCUCUUACUAUUUUGAAAAAAGAUUUUCUUGGCCUUAGUAGUUGAUUUAUCUUGUUAGCUUGUGAAAGCUCCAAUAACCCUAUAUAAUAUUGUUAUUCUUUUAGAAAUUUCAAGAAGUUUCCUCAGCAUACAAGAGACUAACCAGUGAAGACAGUGAUGAUGAAGUUAAUUUAACUGCCGUAAGUAAAUGUACUAAUAGCCCAAAAUUAGGCCAAAAUUAAAAAGAUUUUUUAGUUUUAAAGUUCCUAUUACAACUUCUUGCAGCAUAUUAAGUGGUUCUCAAGAUUAUUUCAUCAUUACAGUAGUGGAAGUGACUUUUGCUUUUAACAGCUGUAGAACUCGCAGAAAGGGUUGAGUUGCAGCGUGCAAAGAAAGUCGUGCCUGAUAGUGAAUUUUGCCUGUGGGCUACUGAAUUCUGUUCUUAACUUGCCUGAUGGGCAAGCGAAGUUUUUUGGGGGAGAAUUCAAAUUACAGAAGAACUGUGAUCUACCUAUCAGUCAUCACAUCAAAAAUUCUUUUUGGUUUAGUCAAAAUGACUGCGGGCUAGCGCAUGCUAGUUACAUGUACAGCUUACGCCAAGGACAAGCUGCAAAACUGACUUUCUUUGCACCCUGAGUUAUUUGUCUGUUGGAGGUAUAGUGAGUUAAUAAUGUGGAAAUGGGACAGUAGAAAGAAAGUCUCCAGAUUUUAGUUCACCAGAGGUUGUUAUUUCUGCUUUACUUUUCUAGCUACAGUGAAACCUCCAUUAAGCGGACACCUUCAGGACCUUCCCAAGUGUCCCCAUAACAGAGGGUGCCCACUUAAUAGAGGUUUGCAAAAAUUGCACAAUGUUUGUUAGCAAUUAACAUUCAUUGGUUACUCCAUACUGUGAUAAAGUUACAUGUUUUUAAAAAUUCGCCAAAGAAGGAUCUGAUGGUGAAUAGCUGUGAUAUAUUUUGUGUAAGACUUUUACAUGAACUUUGAUUGUGGAUGACAAUCAUAUGGUUCGAUAAUUAUCGGUCUAAUCUACAGUUUAUUGACAGCUAAGUGUAUGAAUUUAUCUUUAUUAAUGGACGACAGUACGUAUUUUAAGGACGUAAUCCAAUACUACUUUUGUCAGCUCAUUUCGGUGUCCCUUAAUAGAGGUUUUUAACAAUAGAAAUUAGCCAAGUAACAAUUUAUUUUAGUGUCCACAUCCACUUAAUAGAGGUGUCAGCUGAAUAGAGGUUCGUUGUUAAGGGGAAUAUAAGACUUUAAUUUCGGGACCCAGCUUUGAGUCCACAUAUUUGGGGGUCCGCAAAAUAGAGGUUUCAGUGUAUUUACAGAUGACUUAUGUCUUUUUAGAAGUGACUGUAAUGAACAAAGUACAGUGUAAUUAAGGAUCACUUGGAUAACCUUAUUAGCUACGUUUGCAUACUAAAAGCAAACAUAUCUGUGUGCCACUGAUUUUAUCAAGUAAAAUAUGUACACUUCUUUCAACUUACACUUGCAGGCAGAUAUGUUUGACCUCUUUGCCCACAUUUUCUUUCACCGAAAUGGUAAGUCUUUAUUGCCAUCAUUCUGCUGCCAAUGAAUAUAUUUUAAAACUUCAGCCUGUUUUUGAUACUGUAUAUUAUCUUAUUGUAACUGUCUGGUAGUUCUUGUACCAUCUCUGGUGUUAUCUAACUGUUGAAUCACUUAAUCAGUGCUUGACAUUAAUAGUUGCUAACCUGCUAGGGCAACUUAAAGUUUCAUCAGGCAGGGAAGUUUGGAAACUUAGUUGCAUAGUUCAGCAACCAGGGCUCAAAAAAUUCCUGAACGAUUUUGUUUAUUUUUUUAAGUGGACUAUGAAAAAAAAAUGGUUUAAUUUUUAGUUACUUGUUAAGUCAUUGCAGAAAUUACAGGUAUUUCAAUUCAUUGGUUCUUUUAAUUCUCCAAGGAGCCACAUGAACUCUGCAAAUAUUCAUCACAGAAUUAGCUUUCAUUUUGUUUGUCUCUGCCGAAUGUUUUGGGCAAUUACAAUAUUCUUCCAUGGGCAACUAAAAUAGAGGUUUUGGGCAACUAAAGUUCACUAGAUGAUGGGAGACAAUAUUAUUAAAUCACCUGUUAGUUUUGUACGCCAGGUUAGUUAUCAAGUUCUUACUGUAGUUGUAAACAUAAUCACAGUAUAUUAUCUGUAAGGUUAAAAACUUGUGUUUUUAUUUUUUUAUGUAGGAAUGUUCGGCUGCUACCCUUCAAUGUAUGACUCAGAUGACAGUUACUAUAGUGAUGAAGAUGAUGAUGACGAUGAUGAAGUAGACGACGAAGUUCUUCAAAGUAUAGCUCGUAGGCUAAGAAAAAAAUAUGAAAGAAAAGUCACAGAAAAAGAUACAGGUAUGCAAGUUAGGUAGUUUUCAAGUGGCUGAUUGAAGAGAGAGACUUUGUUUAAUAGCCCAGGUUUGAUAUAUUAAACUUCUCACACGACUCUGAGGCUUAAGAGACAAAAUUGCAAAUUUUUCACAAAUCUAAUGUUUCGUAAUUCCGAGAGGAGACUUGAGUACAAAGAAAAACAAACCAAAUGUAGAAAAAUGACCAGAAAGUCUCUGAGACAUGUUAGAGUUUUGAAUGUGGGCUAUUUGUUACCACAUUUCUUGUAAUUUUUCUCUGCAAAAGUUUUGUACAUGAUAUACUGUAUUUAUUCGGCUAUAAGCAGAGACCCUAAACUUUGAACAGGUAGAAUCAGCAUGACCAAGAACGAAAAUGACUCGAAAACACCUGGCUAUAAGCCAAGACCCAUGCGUUACAUGACUUUUUACUACAGUAACACCUAACAUUUUUAAAAAAAAUGUAACCUUCUUCAGGACAAUGUACACUAAUGCUUUUCCGUUAAACAGGCAAAAACUAACGACUGAUAAAGCAUUUUUUCAAUGGUUUGAUUAAUGCUUUUAACAGGUGGGCAAAAAUUUCUAAUGGCUUUGGAAAGUAUUCAAACAGAUUGCCGAUUUCCUUAACAGGUUGACUCAAAACGACAUAAACCCGCUCACAUGAUCAAAGUUUUAAAUGAUGGUUUUUUUGCUGCUAACAGUCUUUCCUCAUGUCAUCAAUGAUUAUUCUUGAAAUGGUCACUGAAAUUGCCUUUCAAUCAAAACAAACUGCAGUUCGCAUUGUGUUUAUCUGUGCUUAGUAACCAGGCAGAUGUUUCGAAGCACAUGUUUGACAAAACUUGGUCAAUUAUUUACACAUUUCAUGAGAUCUUUCAUUAAUUUGUUCUAGUCCUUCCCUUGUAGUAAAAAGCUUACUAAUGUGUAAUUUUAAUACUGUGAGACAUGUUUUUGUUAGAUAUCUUGACAAUGUGGGACUCAAUUUCUGAGCUUAGCUAACUUAUCAUUCAGGUUCGUAGUUACGCGAUUGAGUUGAUCUUUUGCUGCUAUUUGUUUUUUUUUUUUAAGCUUAAUAGCUGGGCUUCUAAGUGAAUACAACCCCAUUAUCCCCAUUUAGUAGAGUUUUACUGCGCUCGAAGGGAUUUUUUUUUUUCAAAAAUGCUUGGCUACAAGCCAAGACCCCCUCUAGGACUCAAAUUUCACUUAACUUAAGCUUUAAUUUGUGUAAAGAUCACUCGGCUUAUAGCUGAAAAAAUAUGGUGUAUAAUGGUGAGUUACCUGUACCACUGAUUGAAUAAACAUAGUUCUCUUGUGUUCAUCAGCUUUAAAAUUCACCAUCACAUAUAAAUAAUUUCCCAUAUGCCGCUAUCGACUUUCUAGUCCUAGCAGUAUGCAGGACAUUAAGUUCAUGUGACAAAUUUUGUCACAUGAACUUAGUUAAGGGGAUCAUUUUAAUGUUUCUGGGAAAUUGCCCACCUACCCCUCCCCUAAGCCAACAUUUUGUGCUAAGUGAGAAGUAAGUGUUCAUGUUGGCUUAGGGGAGGGGUAGGUGGGCCCUACCUUCAAGAAGUCCUCUGUAGUCCAGUAGUAAAGCUUCUGGACUAGUGACCAGAAGGUCAUAGGCUCAUCUCCUGUUAGGAUCGAGACCUAGGAUUUUUUAUGUCCAAGUCGCCCAUGUUGCUGACUAAAAAAACACCAUUCUCAGCUUUAUACAUAUUUUCUAUUUCAAUUUUCAAAUUCUCCCUGUCUUAUUGAUAAUUUUUGUAUGUAAAGGUAUCCUAAUGUUAUUUGAGUGAUAGCUACUUUACAUUGACCUAUCACUGUUAUCUUUUGUCUAGCUGAAAAACCAGCACAUAACUUAUCAGAGGCGGUGAGUUCAAGUGCUUUAUUUCCCUUUCUCCUCUUUUAUCAAAUCUCUUUUGCAACACAAUUGCAUCAGGCUGCGGAGUUCAAAUCAAAAAUGUUUGGUUUGCUUGAAGGAAGCAACCCUUUGCUGCAAUAAUCAAUGAUGACAUUGUAUUAGAAUGUACUGAUGCUGUUGUCUUUUAAUGAGAUACUUUUCCUCAAAGUAGAGUGGACCUUUUUGUAACCGAAAUAAUUUUCAAUUCAUCAGGAAGCCAUGAAAAAUGCUAACGAGCUUAUAGAAGAAGAAGAGAGAGACCGUAAAAAGGCAGAAAAAAGAAGAGCUAAAAAGAAGGUCUUGUUUUUAUUCUUUACCUUAUAAGAAGUCAAAGAUACAAGUUUAUAACUUUAUUGGACAUUUUGCUGAAACUUGCCUCUCUCUAGUUAAUCCUAAUUCCAACAGAAUUCUUGUACAAAGACAUCUCGAAGGCAAAUGUCUGUCUUCUGAUUUCUGAUAAGGUCUUUAUUUGCAUAAAGGUAUUAUUUUAUGAUCUGGACAUUUUUAACAUUUAUUGUUACUCAUAUCUUAUGACUAUAUAUUCAGGAUUCAGAAUUGUCAUCAAGUUACAAUAAUAUGAUUUUCAAGUAUCUAGAGAGGUUUUUCAUGAAGUUGUUUAACACUAUAAUUUUUUGCAGAGAAACAAAGAAAGAAAACGAGAAAAAGAAAGAGAGAAAAAGGCAAAGGAUGAAAAAGAAAAUAUACAGGUAUGUGUUGUAUGUUUUUGGAAUUGAUUUGAUAUCUUCUCCUCUUGGACCUGGGAAUUCAUUAGGUUGGGUUUAUUUUUGGUUCUGCCAUUUAUAUGUGAGCUAUGUUUUUUGGAAAAAGUUGAUGUACCAGCUGUUAAAAGACUCCAAAUAAAUAGUCUUGUCUUGUCUUUUGUUGGUUAUUGUUUUCAGUCCAUUCUAGUGAAGCAACCGUGAUGCAGAACACUUGCCUCUCACUAGUGUAGCCUGUAGCUGGGGUUCAAAACCUGGCAUCAAUGCCUUAUGUUGGUUGAGUUUGUUGUUGGCUCUUUCCUUUGCUCAGAGAGGUUUUUUCUCCAGGUAUUCUGGUUUUCUCUUCCUCAAAACCCAACAUUUUCAAAUUCAAAUUUGAUCUUGAUUACACGGACACAUUUAAACAAGUUCUUAAGAUCUCCUAAGUGCUUUGUGGGUAAACAAAUUACAGUUUUUUUUUCUGAAUGGUUUGUUACACCCUGACUCAGCCACCCCCUCCCCGUCCCGUGAUGUGCUGCUCAUGUUAUGAUCUGCUCUCUUUCAGGAAAAGAAUAAUAAAAAAGAAAAUACCCAAGUUAAUAAUAAAGCAUCAGCUAAAGAUGUGGAUAAGAAAAAGAAUAUGUCAACAGCUACAAACAAAACUGUAAAUAACAAUACAAAAUUAUCAAGUGGUCUCAAAGAACACUGUGUAAAUAGUUCAAAUUUACAGCAAUCUGGAAAAACAGAACAAAAUUCAUCCAAAAGGUAAGCCUUUCCAUUCUGAAAUGUUGCAAUUUCUAAGACUGUUAAUAUUUAACUGUCACUAGGUAUUGAGGAGAGAGUGUUUCACCACUCUCUCUCUCUUUGAAUUUGGUUGGAAGGUGAGAGCUAGUGUCUGUAUGUCAGAUUUAAUUCUUUCAUGUCAAGUUUAGGGGAAGUCUUGAAACCUUCAAAGAAAAGCUCGUGUGGAAUUUCGGUUGUACCAUUCCCUCUAGUAGGCUUUUUUGGGAGGUUAGGGUAAGUGGUCAAUGGGAGGUCAAUGGGGAAGCCCUACAGUACGUCCAUCAACAGACAUUCAGUGGCUGAAACUGAGGGUAAGGGGAGUGGAUUUUUGGCAAAAAUCAGUGACAUAACCAUAAUCAAGGCAGUUGGUUCGAAGAAUGUUUAUUGAAGUUGGUUAAGGACUAUUGUCAAAUUCACCAGAAGAAGAGGGUAAAGCGAGCUAAUGAUUAACUUUGGUGCCGCAUCACUGAGGCAAAGAAGUACGGAAACUGAUCUGGUUUAUCAUAUUGGUCCCCAUAGAAUGAUUCAGUCUGGUUAAAUGUGGUAGUCAGUUAAAUAAAACUAACUUAGGGUGCAUUCCUUUGAAUCAGUGAUAGAUCACACAGACCAUGGUACAUCAAAUGAACAGAUAAAUCCUUUCCCAGGGAGGAUUGGUUGGUUUCCUUGAUGUUCUAAUUGAUCCAAGUGAUUUCAGAUCACUGUUCGUGAUGCACAUCAUCUCAAUUGAAUGCAUCCUUAGACAUUUGCUAGAGUUACUGUUCUGAGUGUUGUUUUUAAAAUGUUCUCUUCAGACACGAAGAUGAGGAUUUAUCAGGUGGAGAGGUUAGGCUGUGUAAUGUUAAAAGUUGUAAACCUAGAUUAUCCAGUAUGUCUAGGUUGUACACUUUUUGCCGAAAACAAUAAUUGCAAACCACUGUAACUGGUUAUCUAAGACCAUAACUUUUUUUUGACAAUUCCCACUACUGAUUGGCAUCCCAACCAGAAAGGAGCAAAAAUUGUCAAGACUUUUCACAAAUAUAGGAACCAAGUAUCUAUACUAGCAGGGAUGUACAGUAGCUAAGAGGGGGCUACUGGCGAAUUUAACUAGCUGAAAAUGAGCUUAUCACUGUUUCAAAUUGCACUAAAAUGAAAACUGGGGAUACUUUUGAAGAUGUAGCUUGGUAAAUAUCUGACUAGACUAGUAAAUACUCCUGUGUAAGGCCUUUUCCUUAGCCACAUACAGACACCCAGCAAUGUCACUUACAGACACUUCAGGUUAACUAACUCCUAAUACUUAUCAUAUUGUGCUCUCUGUUAGGAGCCAACAUGGGAUACGUCUAGUGCUUUCUUCGCGAGAGCUGCUGGUCGCAAUCCACCCACAGUCCCUGUCUCCAACCCAGCAACAGUAAAAAAUAAUACACCUGUUACCAAUGGCCCAACAUCACAAACUGCUAAAAACAGCUCCGAUCAGAUACCACCGGCAGAACAAAUAGACCCUGUGGUACUACGCAGCAGACAAGUAGCAGGUUGGUAGGACUGUGGCUCUGAUAGUGGUUAUAGUGAACUGACGUUCUCCCGCCUUGAGACUCAAGUGCUAGUGAAUACCUGAGAUGUGAUAAGGGGACUUACCAAUAUGUUUUGGAUAAAGGGUUAAUAUGCCACAUGACAGAGCUAAAUUAUUUGUUAAUAUUUAAUUAUGGUGUUGUAAAUGAUGAUGUCAUGAUGAUGAUUCAGUGGAAGGACAUAUUUUAGGUAGCUCUUUUUCCACCAUUCCCGCUGAUCAAAUUGAUAUUAAAAUGUUGGUUUUGUGAGGAAAGAUGAGCCAGAAACCCAGGGAAAAACUGUUGGAGCAGGGUCCACAAUCAACAACUCUCAACACACAUGAAUCACUGGGCAGAGAGUUACAGUCAAAGUUGAGAGGAAUCACCAGCUUUUUGGCUCAACCAACGGCAAAUUCCAGAAGCAGAGGGUCAAAGGCCCACCUCAUGUUUGGACUGAAAUGAGGUUCAAAAGGCUAAGAAUAGAUUUUUCUAGACUGCCCCAGCCACUUAUUACAAGGAGGGUAUGGUACCACUCUUGCUCAGUUCUCCUUCAUUUCUGUUUAGUUAAAGGAAACGAGAUGGCAAACCUUGGUAAUUACCAAGCUGCUGUUGAUCUGUUUACUGAAGCUAUCAAUCUGGAUGCUAAGGACUUCAGGUUUGUUUGUACAAUUGUGUAAACAGCUGCUUCAUGACACAGUCUGUAAGUACGGUUUGCUUUUUAGUUUUAGAACGGGAGAAAAAAGGUUUUGAAAUUAAUCAGAGCUUAUGCAGUAUCUGGUUUAUUUCUGGCUUAUCGGUGGGUGUUCUUUUCUGUGGAGGCUUUGUCAUCUGUCAAUUCAAAAAGUUUAAAUCCCAUAGGCACUGGAAUUAACUCUACUUAACUGAAAUUUGUUUCAUAUUCUUAAAAAAUCCUGGUCUUGAUAAGUAAUAUUAACCUGAAGUAUGAACUGCAAUGAAAUGCUUCAGUUUUCUUUAGGAUGAAUAAAAAACAGAACCUUGCUUGCUUACAAAUGGCUGGAAUGUUUGAUUUGUUUUCUAACUUAAGCAUCUCAUGAUUCUGUUACAGAUUUUUUGGAAACCGCUCUUACUGUUAUGAUCGAAUGGGUCAGUAUGAAAAAGCACUACAGGAUGCUGAUGUCUCCAUUUCACUUGCUCCUGAUUGGCCAAAAGGGUAUUUCAGAAGAGGCAGAGCAUUAGCAGGUUUAAAGGUGCAUCAUAACAUUGUUAUGCUUGUCUGUAGUGUUGUUCUGUUGAUUUUGUACAGCAGAUCCCUAUUACAAAACCUAGUGAACUAGACUUCGUACAAGUUGACCUCUCAUAAUGUUCUUAAAAGCAAGCGAAGUGAGCUUCAAUGAGGUCGCGCAGGCUAGCGACCAAACAGGCUUCUCAUCGCAAGGUCGACUUAAUUUGCCUGAAUGGAUUUGAAUCAUGUAAUAAAUUCACAUGGGGAAAAAUGAUUGACAUAUGCUGUGUCGAAAGUGGCAUCAAAUAUCACUCACUCUCCUAUUGGUCCAUUGUCGUGAUGUCAGUUGUGGAAUUGUUUUUGUCCGUUCAAAAAUGUGUCCGGAAAGAUUUUUCAUUUCGAAUGAUACGUCUCACAAAAUGAUUUUUUGGCCACAGACUGAAUAGCUAGACCUGCCUCAGUACAAGAGUCCAUCAUUUGCUCUGACAGCAGAAGGGUGAUUUUGUAUGUGAUUUAAAUCCUGAAGUGUAACGAUUUUAACAGUUCCUUCUCUUUUCAGUUAUAUUCUGACGCAGAGACCAGCUUUGCUCAGGUGUUAAAACUUGAUAAGCACUGUGAAGAUGCUAUGUUUGAACUGGCAAGAGUGCGAGUCCAGCAAUUGGAGGUAUGCGCUUUGCUUUAUCAUGAUAGGGCAUAAGAGGUUCAGGGCAUACUUCUUGCAGCUUUUCCUCGUGCAGUUUUUAAAUUUUUCAUUAAUUUUACAUCCAGUGCAUACAUAUCAGAUGGUAACAUGCUCAAUCCAGUGCUAGUGUUUCCACAUACAGGUACUGCUCGUAAAAUCUGUAGCCAUUCCUUGGUCUUAAGUGUAAGUGGUCAAGUUGCCCGAAAGGCUUCUCACCUGAAGCUGUAUGAUGCCCGAAACUAGAGUUACGUCGCCCAACAUUUAAAGAUAUGUUGUUCGAAAUUUUAUCGGGCAUAAUACACAGAAAGGUUAUGUGAAAUAAAUCAGUGUGUAUAAUGUAUCUCGUUCUUUAAGCCAUGAUGAGACAAAAUAAGUGCCAUUAAUGAUGUUGGAAUGUUGGUGAGCGUGAUAAAUUUGGGGUGACAUAACUCAAUAUUUUGGGCGACUUUACUAUUCAUUUCGGGCGAAUUGUUCGUAAACCGUCUCGAGCUAUUCUCACUGCUUCAUCGAGCUCUCUUCAUUCAGCUAGUUCUUUCAUUUGCAAGUUUUUUUUUUGGCUAUACUAGUUUAUCACUUACACCUAUCUUUAACUCCUGAAUAUCUCUACAAGUAACUUAGUCUGCAUUGUUUAAAUUUCUCAUCUGUGACUACGUAGGAGAUGGGAUUCCCUCAGAGCCAAAGUGAGGCGGCAAUUCAGGCAUUUGGUACAGUUCAGGCAGCUCUCGAAGCGCUUUUAGCUGGAAAAGUCAGCUCACCUGCAACAGCAGAAAUAUAUGUAUCUGAUGGAGAGGAUGAGCAUCAAAAACAACAUCCCAGGUAACUUGCUAACCAAGACUGUGUUCGGUUUGCGCUUAAAUCCUCCUAAAUCCUAAGUCCUUGAAUUUUCUUCAAGUUUGGAUUUAGUGGCCUGGAAAGUGUUUUUUGAUGCUUUUUGCUUGUCCAAGACUGAAAAUGAAUCAUAGCUCAGAGAAUUUUAAAGGUUAUUUACAGAAAGUGCUCAAUGUUUUAUGCAAUAAUUAACUAACAACUUAAGACAAGUGAACUGAAAAAUGUAGAGAAGUUGGUGAAGCAAACAGUUCAAGCCUUAAAGCUUUAUUAGAAUAGACUGAGAAUGUGCAUUUUUGUACAAUCUGUGAAACAAUAUUGCUAGUAGGUGGUCCUUGAAAAUCUAAUGUGGUCCUUGAAAAAUGGUUUCCAUUUUUUUGCAUGAACCCUUGCAAUUUACUUAAAAUUGAUAUAAUACAACUGAAUAUCUUACAAUCACAAUUAUAAAAGUAUAAAACUAGGAGGAAGUGGAACAAAAAGAAGAAAAAUUAAUAAUUUCAAACUUCGAUAUCGUGACAUUAGUCAUAAGCAAUCUUAAACAUGGUUCGCACGGGCCUGGAAUACUCCUUGAAAAACUGUUAGGUCCUUGAAAACUCCUUGAAAAUGAUUUUCUCCUUGAAAACUCCUUGAAUUUGAAGAAGCAGUGCUUGAAUUUUAUGCAAAAGUCCUUGAUUAUUGAGGAUACAGCAAAAUAAGUUAAUUUUGACAUCAAAAGACUGAAAAUAUUGCGUUAACAUCUAACAUCAGUUGAGAAACGCAUUUAUCGUCUCAAAAACGGCGAAGCUUUUUAUAGCAGGACAAUUCAGUGGUUCUUAUUCAAAGUAUCUAAGUAACCGCAUCUUCAAUGGGGUUUCCUAGGUGUAUUUUACAGCCCCCCUCUAAGCAAAUUAAACCACGAGGGAAAUGUAGCUCAAAUCUAAAAGUGUGAAAUUUAUUCGACUCUGGUCCUGUUUAUUGUGUCUUAAAUGAAUUCAAAAGGUAAAAGAGGAGACUGCAUUUACAAUCGGCGGUGGGAACUUGAUGAAGUCAAAAAGAAGAAGAAGAGAAUUGAUGCUGAAAUAAAGUCACUCAAUGACACAGCCGAUGAACUUUGUACCAAAGCAGAGGCUACUGCUAAGUUAACAUUUGUCACUCAGGCGAAUGCUUUGAGGCGAUCUGCAAAGGACAAACUUAAUGAUCUUGUUUCCUUAGACGAAAAAUUAAGUUCCAUGCUGGAAAAGCUGAAGGAAUGAUUCUAUACAAUCCUAUCCUUUGGUUGUACCACAUUAUUUGUUCUUACAGGAAUUGCUUUUUUGGAGUGACUGUAGAAAAAAUGUGAUAUCGUGCCUGUGGAAAUGGACUCCUUGAAUAUUAUUAAAAGUCCUUGAAAAGUCCUGGAAAAGUCCUUGAAUAAAAGGUCAUCAAACCUGUAUGAACCAUGUUAAAAAGAUGGGUUUUGAGAUGGCACUUAUUAACAUGUGUCUUGGCGCGGAACUCCCGCGGCAAAGCAUUCCAGUGCUUUGGAGCUGUGACUUGGAAAGAUCUGUCGUCUAGAGUUACCCUAGUCUUAACGGAGGGCGUGGCCAACAGUAUUCCACUAAUACUUCUAAGAUUGUAUGCACCUUGCGCUUUGAGUGAGACCAGCUCCCUUGUGUACUCAGGGGCGAUAGUAACGCAUGGGAUAUCGAUAUUCAGUGUCGGAUAUUUACGUAGGCAUUGUACGCAGGACACUUGGCAGCUUGGUAUAGUGUCCAGAAAAGCUGUGUUAGUCAAACCCCGUCAAUACGGACACUGAGGAGGAAAUUUGAGGGUUUACUUCCCCCAGGGACAAGGAAAACUGCCCGUAAUAACGAGGUGUCCGUAUUAAGCGGGUGUCCGUAAAGCGGGGUUCGAUUUUAUAGAGAAAAGAUUCAUAUGAAAAGAUUUACAUGUGUAUACAUUUACUUGAUUCAGCUGAUGCAGAACUACUGUGUAGACAUGUAUGUAUAUUCCAAGGGGAUUUUAUUCGUCCCAGAUUGUAACUAAGUUUUGGUUUUCAUUUCUUCAGAUUAAGUGAAAGUAGUAGCAGUGAUGGCUCGUGUCGUUCGCUGUGGGUCGGCAACGUUAACCCUGAACUCGUCAGUGAGAGGCAUUUACUACAGCUUUUUAGCAGAUGCGGCCAUGUCGAUAAUGUACGGAUCCUUCCUAAGAGGUUUUGUGCAUUUGUCAACUUCGAAAAAGCUGAUUCGGCUGCUAUAGCACUUGAAAAAUUACAGGUACAUGUUACAUUGAAAUUCCACCUUUCGACAAUUAAAGCUUAGAGGAUUUUUCUGCGUUGUGUAUUUUUUUUUCAUUUUGGUCUAAAGGUAUUUUUCCAGUGCAAUGUAAGAAGGAUAAGCUUAGCUUAGGAAAAAAAACACUUUUUCUGCAACUGCGCCCUUCCCUUUUUUUGGAUGAAUCUAAAUUCAGAUUUCUGAAAUCAAAAAAGGGAUGUGCGUUUUGGAGGGUUAAGUCAAAUCCAUACGAUCACUGAGAUUCACCACCAGAGCGGUUUUGGGAAAGGACUUGAAGAAAAAAUGUUUUUGACAAACGGUUUUCCGUUCAAAAAUUUUAUACCAUAUUUGACCUUUUUACUGAACCGUAUCAGUGGAGGCGCCAUUAUGCAGAUUUAGCAAAGAAAACGCGAGGUGUUAACCGUUUCUUAUCCCUUUGUAGGGCCACGAGCUUGGAGGUGAAGCUUUACUUCUGAGGUAUCCUAACAACACAGGCUCACCAGGCAGUCAAUUCGUCUUUAAUAAUACCAUCCCUGUGCCUCCUCUGAAAAAGAAACAACAGGAUGUGUAAGUUGUGUUAAGUUUAGAAAGUUUAAGAUAUCACCACGGCGACAGCUACGAGAACGUCACGAAAGGGAUAGGCUUUUAAGAAAAACAACACUCUGGACGAGCAUCAUACUUUCCAGCACAUUUCUUUACCGUCACUGUACAACAACCACGAUGUGAAACGUCCUAAUUUGUGGAGGACUUUAGCGGAGGACGACCAAUUUUUCGUCCUCUUUCUGAACUUUAAUUCAGGCCACUAAGAAUUCAGCUGUUAUUCGAGGAGAAUUUCUAGAGACUGAAUAAUCGUGAUAAAUAUUGAAGGAACGCGAAUCCACUUAAUCGGUGCAGUUUUCGAUGCCUUCGUCGCCCUUUACCUUAAACUGAUAUUUGUUUAACCUCAGUUAUGCCAUGACCAACAUGAACGCCAUCCUGAAUUGACGAAAACUGCGCAUACGCUAACCGUUCUAGUCCACCGGCAGACCGAAACCGGGUGGUCGUUUCGCGUUUACAUGAUACCGUUACGACAUUUCAUACGAGAGUGAAAUUCUCUCUCCAGUACAACAACCGGGGGUGAACUCACGCCGGUGUGACUCGCGCCGGCAUGACAUUUUGUGGCAGUAUAAUGUAAACAAAUACAGAGCCUCGAGAGGGAACUGGAGUGAACUCGCGUCUGCGCGAAAGUCGCUCCGGUGUCCUGUAAACAUCCCCCACAUUGCAUACAAGGUGAAUUUACCAAUUUUCUUUUUGUCCUCUUUUUUGUCUAGGGAUGCUAGAUUAACAGCAAGCAAACUCUCAGGUCCCGUAAAUGGAGACGAGUGUUAUUUCUGGCGUACAACAGGUUGUUACUUUGAGGACAAAUGUCGAUUCAGGCAUCUUCCGGCGAGUAAAGGCAUCGAUUUGAAAAAAGUAGAGGCAAAAUACGGAGGAAAGCUGCGAGUUACACCACCCGGAACCGACUCCGCAUAAUUCAUAUGAACUGUUUAAUAAGCGACCAUAAAAAGUGGGUUAGCCUUAUAAGGAAAAUCGUUAAACCACAAUAUUGUCAGAUGGAAC